AUGUCGGUCACGAGAUGGCCCAGCGGUCCGACUUUCCAUCGUAUGCAACAGCUUUCAAAACCGGUCCUCGUCACCAAGGGAAACUUUUGUUUUGGCUUCGAGAGAUGCAAGGGGUCGAUUGAGAAGUAUAACGCCGUGAUCCGUCGGGUAUCGGACUGGUCACUAAUAGGCCAGCGUCCGUCCGGAAUCUCACGACUUUGCCAUAUAGGGGACCCGAAGUAUUCAUGGGAGCCUGAGUGGCAUAUCUCAGGAGGUCUAAUUAUCUACUUAUCUCGCCGAGAGAUGGUCUUUGAAGUGUGGGAUACCUUUCUUCGAGAGUCUCGCAGUAUGCCAGGAACACCAAGCGGUGGAAUAGUCAAGGACCUACUCACAUCACCAGCCGGAAAUGUUGUCAUCGCACUCUACACCGACUUCAAGAUCUACAUAUGGAGGAAUCUGACAUGGAAAAAAUUGCAGGGGUCAAUCGCCCACGAGCUCCGAAUUUUCUUCGUUCAGGAUGUGGCCUACCUUGACCGACCCACUCUUAAUGGCCUCCACCUCAUGAUGAUGGAUCAACGGUGUAGGUUUCUCCGAUAUGCUCAAAGCCACUCAAAAGACCAAGACCCCGAUGAAAUCCGAAUCGGGCUGUUCUCAGACGGGACAUAUGUGACUCGAAGUCAAGAGCAAGUCCCUGGAGGAUUUGCAAGCAAGUAUACAAUCAUUGCAAAUGGAGCGAAGCAACGUGCGUUUUAUCACUACCAGGCUGCAAAUUAUAUCUGGCGCACAGAUUCCGAUGCUGCCAUUGUCCUAGACACCUACAUUGUAACCACAGGGCUGGGACUCGUGCAUUUCUGGUCCAAGGCGGGCAAGUUGGUCAAAAGUUACCGACUCGGAGCAAAGUACGAGGGGUGCCGCGGAAUUGCAUUAGCAGGUCAACAUACCGUGAUCGCCUUUGAUGAUAGAUUGACAGAAGCGACCGUGUGGGAAUUUCCUCGGCAUGACAUUAACGACUUCGCGUCUCCUACGGUGCCAGGGAGGCGCUACGCACUUGAAUGA